UGUUAAUUUUGAUUUAGGUUUUGCAGGAAAUGUUUCCUGACAGCUAUCAGAGAAAGUGGAACGCAUUGUCCUCUCUGCCGGGGAAGUGUGACUAAGAAAGAAAGAUCAUAUCCCCAAAGGGCCCUAGAUGUUGAAAACAACAUGAAGAAGUUUUCUGGAAGCUGUAAAUGCUGUGAAAAACAGGUUAGAUAUUCUCGCAUGAGACAACAUUAUAAAACGUGUAAGAAAUAUCAAGAAGAAUAUGGUGAUUCUUGUACUAUUCCAAGCUUAAAGAUUUACCAAGAGUCAACGGGGAACAGUGGUCAUCCCACAUUUAAGUGCCCCCUGUGCCAGGAAACCAACUUUACAAGGCAACGCUUACUGGAUCAUUGUAACAAUAGACAUGUUCAUCAGAUAUGUCCUGUAGUCUGUCCUAUUUGUGUGUCUCUUCCUUGGGAAGUUUCUAACCAGGUUACUAGAAAUUUUGUUGACCAUCUAAAUGUAUGGCACCGGUUUGACUACGGAGAAUUUAUGAAUCUUCAGCUCGACGAAGAAACCCAGUUCCAAAAUGCAGUCGAAGAAUCUUGUCAUGUCAACUUCUGAAGUGGAGGACCUCUGCAUUUUAAAGGUGGUGUGAGGAAGAAAAAAACUACAUGAAUUCUCUUCCAGUAAUUUCAAAUGAAUAUAAAUAAAGGGAAUUCAGUAGCUAGUUUUUUCAGGUUUAAUUCCUUUCCAAGAAUAAAGAUUUUUUUUUAGAAUGGCUUUUGCUUAAAUAUAGAAGUAGAGUAAACUUGAUUACAUUUCAUAGAAUCAUAGAAAAUUAGGAUGGAAGAGACUUCAAAAGGAGGUCAUCUAAUCCAACCCUCUCGUGCUCAAGGCACAAUCAAUCUCAGUCUUGUGAAUUUUUUUUUAAUAGAAUGUAACUGAUAAUACAUCUAUUAUAAAGGCACCAAGUCAUUUUACUGGGAUCUUUCCCUUUUAAACUGGGGCGUUUCUGGGGCUCUACAGUGAUGUUUUGACUUUUCUUUAAUUGUUCACUGCUCUUACAGACUUAUUUUUUAUGAAUACCACAUUUUAUAACUGACUAGUGGGCAACUUUGAAAAGUAAAUAUUUGAAAAA